AUGCCGUUGGACUAUUCGAAGUGGAAGACGAUUGAGGUGUCGGAUGACGAGGACGACACGCAUCCAAACAUCGAUACACCGUCACUGUUCAGAUGGCGCCAUCAGGCACGCCUGGAACGUAUGGCUGAGCGUAAACAGGAGAAGGAGAAGUUGAUGGAGGAGAAAUCGAAUGCCGAGAAACGAAUCAUGGAUGUGCGAGCAAGACUGGAGAGGACCGAUUUGGAUGAGAAAGAGCGAAUGAAGCUGGAGCUUGAAAUUGAAGAAGUCAGAAAGCAGGAGGAAGAGUAUAUGAAAAAGGAGAAGGAGCUGGAGGAAAAGGAAAAAUUGGAGCCCUGGAAUGUGGACACCAUCGGCCAUGAAGCCUUCAGCAAAUCGCGCAUCAAUAAAAUAACGGGCGAGAAACCGGCACCGCCGAAGUUAUCGGAGGAGGAAGAAACCAAGCGCAUGGAUGAGAAAAUGUGCAAUAUAGCGGAGCAGUGCAUCAUCAUCCAAUAUUUGCUGGAAUUGUCCAAGACGCUGCAUGCACUCGCAACAAACACCAAUGUUAUCAAAAAUUUCUUCAAAAAGUUCCGUGCAGCAGAUCCAUCCUAUCUCAAAGUAUUCCGACAAGAAGUCGAUGCAUUCUGCGAUAGACUCCGUAAACGAGGCAAAGACAAGCGUGAUGCAGCAAUUGCUGAAUAUGAAGCAGAAGAGAAGGCAAAACGUAUCGCUGCAUCGCCUGGUGGCUUAGAUCCGCAAGAAAUGCGAGCCGCAUUCGACAGUCAGGAAGUGUCGCGUUUGCAAGAAGUUGCUCAGAAAAUGGAUCGAGAAGUGUUCUCAUAUCAUCUGGGACGAUGCAUCGACAGUGGCCUAUGGAUCCCGGAUGCGAAUGCUGCGAAAGAGGGCGAGGGUGACCAAAAAAAUGACUCAUAA